AUUCGGUUUGAAAACUAAGCAGGAACAGAAAGCGUUUGACUGUUUUGAAAAUUUCACUUUUCAGUUUUGUUAUUGUUUUCAAUUUUUGUUAAUUUCAGUAAUAGCAUUGACACAAAGGGAAUUAAUAAUAGGACUAGUUUUCAAUAGUUUUCCAGUAAUUCAUACAAAUAAUGUUUUGUACUUUGCUAUGAACACUUACUAUUUGCGAUGGAGAGAGACGAAAAAUUUGAAAAAGGUGAUUAUGACGAUAAAUUAGAAAAAAGUUCAGCUGUGAAUAAUUUAAUACUAGAAUAUUAUAAAAAGUUUGGAAAAAAACGAGAUUUGGAACAGUUCUUCUCGCUAUCUACAGCCCAAAACGAAAUAAGGGAUCCAAGUAGUUCAUUUUGGAGGAAAAUGAAAGCAUUGAGUGAUUCUUCUGACUCUGGAGAAAAAAAGAGUGAAUCCUCAACAGAACUUUGUAGGAUUUCCAUAAAAUGUUCCAUACCAGAGCCCUCUGGUUUACAAGUUCCGAGAGAAACUGUGCAAACAACAGAAUCUGAUUCACCACCUAUAAUUAAUGAAAUACUUGAAGAAAAAAAUUCCGACAAUGAAUCAGAAAUCUCAGACGAUGUCCAUUCACUUAAAUCCAAAGAUGGAACUCUAGAUACAUCUAUGAAUAAACCACAUUCGCCAACAAGUAGUGUGACUUCUCAACGUAAACUAGAAUGGGAUUCAUUGGCUGAUGUUGGGUAUGGUAAUGAAAGUGACAAGAAAACUUCUGCAUCAAGUUUAAGCACAUUAGAGCGACUGGCUUUGCAGCAACAGUAUUGUAUUAAUGACACACAACAUAAUGAUCUAGGGGUUCCUACAGCACAUUCAACGCCUCUUGAACCAAAUGAUAGCAAAUCAAAAGGCAAAAAAGAUCUUAUAAAGAAAACUACAAAAAUAUUUAACAAAGAUGUUGAUCAUGUCCAAUUAACAUUGCCCAAUAUUCCAGAAACAAGUCAAGCAUUCAAUUUGAAUCUUACAAAACACAUCACCUUCAAUGUUGAUAAAAAGGGUGAAGUUAACAUUGAGAAUGUGACUAAAAAUAUAUCUAGUUCCCCUGAAAAGGUAUCUGUUGAAACAGAAAUGACACAACAACUAAAAAUAGACAGAGAAAUACAAACAACCUUGUUGAAAGAGGAUAAAUGUAGUGGAUCAAAUGAUAUUCCUACAAAAACAAUGCUUAAGUUUCCAGUGCAUGUCAAUUUAAAUACUUUAAGAAAGAGGAACAGAAGAAAAAAAUUGAAGAAAGUAAGAAGAAAACAUAAAGAGAAACGGCAGGCUGUUGCUCCUACUGAAUUAAAUCAAGCACAUAAAAGUGGAGAGCAAAUAUCUGCUGCAGAAAGUUUUGAAUACAUGCCUGGACAUAUCUAUCAUCAGAAUCAAAUUAAUAAUGAUCAUAAUCAGCUUCGCAAUGUUUCGCAAGUUAGGAGUGACAACAAAUCCAGUUUAGAAUCUAGUGCUGGACACACUACUGACUCUAGCAAAGACAAAAAUUCCUUUGUGAAAGAUUUAGAAAAAAGCAUUGACCUACUUAAAAUUACUCUCAAUAAAAAACACACUGAUGAAGGUCUGAAGAAAAAGUUGAUUAAAGAAAUUGUUCAACGGCUUUUGAAAUCUAAAUACAAAGAUGACGAAAGUACUACAGAUUUUCUUUCUGGAUUGAGUUUUGAUAGUAAAAAGCUAGACUUAGCAGGGGGCAAUCACACUACAACAAGUACAUCAGAUCCAAAUGACACUGGUGACAAGAAGCUUAUGAAACCAAAGAAAUCUAUACUACGCACUGAUAAAUUCAAUUCCAAUGUUUUACCUUCUACUUCACAAAGUACUCCCAAUUUACCUUCAGUAAUUAAUAAUGAUAUCCAUAUACAUCCUCCUACUAAAGUACAUGCAACAUCUAAUACAAAUUCAGAUAUAUCUGGAAAAUAUACAAAAGCAUCCUCUGAAGAACUCUAUCAAAAAUACCUGAAAGCUUUACACAGAGAACAGGCAUAUAAACAACAUUUGAAAGAAAAGGAAUUACUUUUUAAACAAAAACUAGUUGGCUCAGACAUAAGAAUUAAUUCUUAUAACCAACCUGACCAAAAAGCUCAAAAUAGAAUAAAAGAUUUAAUGAAAGAUUUGAUAAGAAAUAAUUAUGAUGAUGGAUCUGGUGAUGCUAGUAGACUGGAAGGUGGAAGUAAUACUCAUUUGAAUAUAGAUGUACUAAAUCCAUUAAGAAAGCAAAGAAGCCAUUCAAUUUUCACAUUAUCAUCUGGUACAUCUGAUAGUAACAAGAAGAAUAUGAAAUUAAAAAAUAGAGACCCAGUAGAGGUUGCCACUGCUUCAUGCAGUAAAAAUGAAAAACAUUAUUGUUGUUGUCCAUAUCAUACAUCGCAUGGUAAAUUUGAAGUUACAGAUAGCUCGGUGCAAGUGAAUUUACAAUGUUGUGAUAAAAAACAAAUAUUUGAUGAUGGACGAUUUAAAGAAAGUCCUAAAUGUAGCCAUCAAGUUCCACAUAUAACACCUGAUUCAAAAACUAGAAAUAUUCAACAUGUUUGCUUAUGUCCAGACAAGCAUGCUCAAAAUAAACCUGACAGUGCUUACAGAUGUAGAUGUACACAUUUCAUUAAUAGUGGUCUCAAAAUACAGGAUAGAGAUCCACAGUCAUAUAGUCAACCUUGUUUUAAUUUGGAUUGUGGUAGAGAUCAUAACACUGCAUGUCUCAUACCCACUGCUACUAAAACUAGCAAUCAAAAUCAAACUUGUGAAAGGAAAUGUAUAAACACACAAGAAAGUUCGAGUUCAAAAUCAUCACAAACAAAUUUGGAUUUAGAGCGAAUAUUGCGUCGUAAAUCAAGCUUAAAAAGUGUUGCGUCUUCAUUAUCAGACAAUGUUCCUUCUUUGAAGGAAGAUUGCCAUGGUUUUCUGGAUACUAAAGCACCAAAAAAACAAGCAAACAAAAUAAUUCAUGAAGCUAUUAGAUGGACUCAAACUGAGAUAAGCAUUAAUCCUAAGAUUUCAGAUCCAUCAUUCUCUGAUAUUGUCAUAAUUGAUACCAAAGAUUGUGCAAAAUUAAUAAGCAAACAAUGUAGAGAAAUUUCACCCUUGACUUCAGAGAAUAGUAUGAAAACUUGUAUAGAAGAAUUUAAUAUUCCAUCUCAUAGUAAAGAUAACAGUCAAGAUAAAGACACUCUUAUAAGUAAGCAAAAAUCUCCAAAAACGAUUUCGGUUAAUAAAUCUUCAGCUGUUUUGAGACUGGAUAAAGAAAUCCAAUCAGACGUAGACCUUAGUACUUUUAACAAUGUUGGUAGUCAAGUGAAUAUGCCUAAACUUAAAAACUUUACAAUCCCAAUUCAGGGCACAAAUAUGACCCUAAAAGUAAGUUUAGGCAACUCUGAAUCAUCGUCAACAGCUGAAAUAGAUACACCUUUACCAGACAAGUCAAAUCAAGAAUUUAUAACCCAUGAAUCAAAGGAAACUCUUACCAAUAAACCAGUUACUGUAGAUAAUUCUACAUCUUUACUAGAAGAAUGUUCUAAAGGUGUACAGUCUAAUGAGCUUCAUGUAUCUGAAGAACCUCAUAUUGAACCAUUAGUAUGUAAUAACGAAACUUGCAUGGAAACAUGCAAUAAGACUAGUAACAUUAAUGCAAAAUCUUGUGAUGUUGGCUGUUUUGUUGAAGAUAAGAAAUUUAAUACAUACCCUAAAAGAGAACACAUCAAUCCGUUAAAACCUUUACUGCGGUCUAACACUGAUAUAGGAAAGAUGGAAAAGGCUUCUCAUGUAUCAUUUGAUCAAACUGCAAAUGACAAUGGAGAUCGUCAAAAUAUUUGUGUUCCUUUAGAAAUUGCUGCUAAAACUGUUUCAACCGAAACUGAAGAAAAACAAACUAGCAGUACUAAUCAAUCUUCUAAAAUAAGUAAAAUUUGUUCAAGUUCUAAAGGUACUUCUGAAAGUGAUUCCCAAACCACAUGUUCUAAAAUUGAUUGGAAAAAUUCAGGUGAUAGUACAAAUGAAAAUACCAACAAAGAUCCAUUAAUUGAUCUGAUUAAAGAUAUAACUAAAAGAUACUCAAAGAAAGACAUUGAAAAGAGUAAGAGAAGGAAGUGUUUCAAAGAACUAUUAACAGUUCUUAAUUACUUACUAGAUACAGAAGAUAGUAGAGAUAGUACUGACCAUGAACACAAAGUCACACAAGCAUUUACUUGCGAAACUAACAAAUGUAAUGAGGAAAAAAUACCUGAAACAAAACCUACAAAAACAUAUGUAGAUAAAGCAAUACAGCUAACAAAUAAAAAGCCGAAAAAAUGUCAUGCUGAGUCAUCUGACCCUACAUCAACAGAUUUGCCAACUACGUCCACCGACUCAGCUGCAUGCCAAGUCUUAAACAAAAUAAAGAAAGAAUGUGAAAAAUACUAUCAAAAGAAAUGCAAGUCACAUGCAAGCAGGAAAUGUGAGGCAUCCAGUAGCACAUCAGUAAAUUGCGAUCAAUGUAGAAGAGUUCACCAUUGCUAUUGCAAAGGAUAUAAAUGCCAUAAAAGUAAAGCACCUGCUGAGAAAAGUAAACGUAAAUGUGUGGCAUACAACUUGAUAUUACAAAGCGAUAGCUUAGUCAGCGAAGAAACUACAUGUGAUAAUAAUGUCCCCCAACUUCGUAAUAUUGUAAUAAAAGUACCGAAGCGAAAAACAGACAAUGUUCCGUUCAGAGAAAUGACUGCGAAAUUUGAAAGGGAAUUCCAUAACAAUAUUCCUCAUUGUGCAAGAGUUCAUAGAUCAAAGAGUCUUCCAAAUGAUAGCGAGAUAUCAAGUACUGAUGAGAUGUUCAAAAAAGCCCAAGCACUUUCUGUAAGGGAGUAUCUAGAAAAAAAUCGACCAGACUUUGUUGAAAGGUGCUCUGAGCGUCAGAAUUCUCUUAAGAUAGUGAAAGAAACUCGAACAAAUGAAAGGGCGGCGAAACUCGAGCUGCUGUCAAUGCAGGUGGCCCACCAACCAGCAUUAAAGGAUUUAUCUGAAUCGGAACUAAGAUUAUUUGCCAAGGCGCUCAGCAAGGAUCUUAGAACGAAAAAAUUGGCGCCGAAAUUUAUAAGUGAACGUGCCAUGAAAAAACAUUCCGAGAAAAUCUACAAAUCACUGCCGGAAGUCGUACGAAAGAAAGAGGAAUUGAAAAAGGAGAGCAUAAAGAAAACUAAUUUAUUACUAGCCAGUAUAUUUAAAAAGAAUUUACAAAAGAAGACCCUUCAAGGUGCUGUUAAUUUAUCAAACUAUAGUACAAUUAUUAAAAUUUGACAUGAAUUUAUAAGCACUGUGUUAAUGUUAUUUGCACUAAGUAUGUGUUUUAUAAAGUUGUUUUGUUGAAGGCC